AUGAUAGACAGUGACAGCUCAUCCAUCAUGUCACAGAUUGCUCGCCACUCAGAGCCAAAUCACCACCGACGCCCACACGAAUACAGCCUCCUUCCGCCCACCCGCGAUGAGGACCUGCCGGGGGACCUGCAGUCGCUGUCGUGGCUCACAGCCGUGGACGUGCCCCGGCUGCAGCAGAUGGCCAACGUCCGCAGGGAGCCACAUCCGCACCCAGGUGCCUUGGCGAGGGCUGCUGACCUGCACAUGGCCACCCCCCCGGGCCCCGUGCUCCACGCCUCGUCGGGCAUGGCCCCGCGAGGCCUGCUGGGUCUCGGCCCCAUAGGCAGCCACGGAGCCAGCCACCUGAGCCAGCUCCCAGCAGGGGGCCAGCCAGCCCCAAGCCUUCAGGACACCUCACCCCUGUACACGCCCGCCACGCAGCUCCCCUUCCCCCUUCCCACGGGGGCUCAGCAG